GAAAAAAAUUCAAUGAAUAUCAAUUAUGAAAACUGAUCCCAACAGAAAUGCAUUUCAUCUACCCGCCAAAUACAUGUUCUUCGUUUUCCUCAGUGAUUGUUCUGAAAACCACCCUCACCCUGUCAUUGACCAUUUUUAAAUUCCAUAUUUCCACCUUCACUCUCUUCCUUCGUUUCCCGUCUUCAUUUUCCGAGCACAUGGAUGGCUGGCUUUGCACUCACUCUUCAUAUUCCAGGCAACUAUGAUGCAGUGCUUCCGAUGGCGGGAGGAGGAGACUACUCGAGCUUUCACGGGUGACCCAUGAAUUGGAUGGCUGUGUCUUCUUGCUCAUGGGUUUUUGAUUCGGCUUGCUACCUUCCCUUCGUAGAUCAAAGGACCAAUCUUCACCAACUUAUGAAAGAGAUGCGGGCCUUAACCAGAUUCUUCUCGUCGAGAAUUUCUUCCGAUGUUUGUAUGGUUUCGGCGGCUGAAAUUACCUCAAAGAUUGAUACUUGCCUACGUAACAAUAACAUUGAUAAAGCUCGUAAGCUGUUCGACGAAAACCCCGCGUUACGGAGCUGUGUUUCUUGGAAUAUGAUGAUGAGCAGCUACAUUCAGCACGGCCAAUUUCAUCUCGCCAAGAAUCUGUUCGACGAAAUGCCUGUUAAAGAUGUUGUUUCGUGGAAUAUUAUGUUAUCUGGAUAUCAGAGAACUGGAAACAUUCGUGGUUUGUGCAAAAGUUUCUUACAAAUGGGACGAGUCAGCGUAGCACCCAAUAACUAUACCAUAUCCACAUUACUCACAGCAGUUGUGAAUACUGAUUUCAAUGUUUUGGCCCACCAGAUUCACGCUCGAGCGGUUCAUACGGCACUGAACUUGGAUAUAAUUGUUGGAUCUGCUCUAAUCACUGCAUAUGCAAGUCUAGGAGAGAAGAAUGCUUUGGGUGGAGUGUUCGAUGAAUUAUUGACGAAAGAUGUUACAUCCUGGAACGCUAUAGUUUCUGGGUACAUGGAAAUUGGGAGCUUCGCUGAUGCUCAAAGAACUUUCGAUUUGAUGCCUGAAAAAGAUAUUAUUUCUUGGACUACUUUGGUAAAUGGGUAUAUCCGGAACAAACAAAUUGAUAAAGCACGAUCCAUAUUCAAUGCAAUGAAAGAGAGAAAUGUGGUGACAUGGACAACGAUGAUCAGUGGGUAUGUCCAAAACAUGAGAGCUAUGGAAGCAUUAGAGCUGUUCAUUUUGAUGUUAAAGUCAGAGUCUCGCCCCAAUCAUUUCACAUUUUCAAGUGUGUUAGACGCAUGUGCAGAUUGUUCCUAUCUUCUCAUGGGCCAGCAAGUUCAUCAAAAUUUCAUCAAAUCUGGCAUACCUGAAGAUAUCGUCAUAUCAACCUCGCUAGUUGACAUGUAUGCAAAAUGUGGGGAUACGGAUGCAGCAUUUUGUGUGUUUGAGUCCAUUCCAAGGAAGAAUUUGGCGUCAUGGAAUUCGAUAAUAGGGGGCUAUGCCAGGCACGGACUCGCAAACCAAGCACUCAAAGAAUUUAAUAGGUUGAUUGAGACUGGUCUUACGCCUAAUAAAAUCACAUAUGUAAAUGUGUUAUCAGCUUGUGUACAUGCAGGCCUACUUGAAGAAGGUGAGAAGCACUUCAUUGCUAUGCAGAGAAACUAUGGAAUUCAAACAGAGAUGGAGCACUACACUUGUAUGGUGGAUCUGUAUGGAAGAGCUGGGCAAUUACAAAAAGCACAAGAGAUGAUCAAGAACAUGCCAUUUGAGCCUGAUGUGGUGUUGUGGAGUGCAUUACUGGCAGCCUGUGUGCUGCAUUCAAAUGUUGAACUUGGAGAGUUUGCUGCACAGAAGAUGCGCGAGUUGCAGAAGAAUCAUUCUGCAUCUUACACAUUGCUUUCUAAGAUACAAGGUGAGAAGGGAAGAUGGAGCAGUGUGAAUGAAUUGAGGGAGAAGAUGAGAAAGAGACAAAUUCAAAAGCAGAAGGCAUUUAGUUGGGUUGAGUUCCACCUUGCUGUAAAUUCAACCUAGUAAUGAAGGUUUCUGAUUUGGCUUGGUCCCUUGGCCCUUUGUAGAUCACAGGACCAAUCUCCACCAACUUAUGAAAGAGAUGCGGGCCUUAACCAGAUUCUACUCGUUGAGAAUUUCUCACGAAUUUUGUACGCUUUCAGCGGCCAAACUUACCUCAAAGAU